CCCCAAGAUGCACCUGUCCAAAUGAAGCGAAAAGCCAUUUUGUUGUGCUAGCUAGCCCGCUUGGUCGAAGAAAAGUCUUGUCAGCCACGAAUAGGAUGGACCUCCGACGCUAAAGUGCAGACAUGCCGAGCCGACGUUGUCGUUUGCUACCGCAGAAUGUUAAACUCGAAGCGACUCGCCAUUAUGUGCUAUAUAAGGCUCGGGACACUUUUGUUCGCCAUCAAAGAGUCUUGGUUGAGGAAUUAGCCGGCGUUAGAUAAUAAACAGGCCAUCAAGGAAAAAGUUAGCCAAGACACGUUAAGAAGACAGAAGAGUGCUAAUCUCAUCAUGGCCGAAGACACCAGACAGGACAAGAGAUCCAACUUCUCGGCUUUAACGGACACCAACGGGAUGACCAGGACCUCCUCCAUGGCCUCGGGGAAAAGUGCCACUUCCAAGAAAUUAGUCAUUAAAAAUUUCAAAGAUCGGCCAAAACUAGCUGAGAACUACACUGAGGACACCUGGCUGAAGCUGCGAGAUGCAGUCAGUGCCAUCCAGAACAGCACCUCCAUUAAGUACAAUCUCGAAGAGCUCUAUCAGGCUGUGGAGAACCUGUGUUCGUAUAAAGUGUCGCCCACGCUGUACAAGCAGUUACGGCAAGUCUGCGAGGAUCACGUGCGGGCCCAGAUCCAGCAGUUUAGAGAAGAGUCUUUGGACAACUUUUCCUACCUGAAGAGGAUGAAUCGCUGCUGGCAGGAUCACUGCAGGCAAACCAUAAUGAUCCGAAGCAUAUUUCUCUUCCUGGAUCGUACUUAUGUGCUGCAGAGCUCGCUGCUCCCAUCUAUCUGGGACACGGGGCUGGAGCUGUUCCGUACCCACAUUGUAAGUGACAGCGCCGUUCAGAAGCGCACAGUCGACGGCAUUUUGGAGCAGAUCGAACUGGAGCGCCACGGCGAGACGGCCGACCGCAGUCUGUUGAGGAGCCUGCUGGGAAUGCUUUCAGACCUACAGGUGUAUAAAGAGUCUUUUGAGGAAAGAUUUUUGCUCGAGACAAAUCGUCUGUACGCUACAGAGGGACAGCGGUUGAUGCAAGAAAGAGAUGUGCCUGAGUACCUGCACCAUGUGGCUCGUCGGUUGGAGGAGGAGAACGAUCGUAUCGUGAGCUACCUCGACCAGAGCACCCAAAAACCUCUUAUUAGCUGUGUUGAGAAACAACUUUUAGGAGAGCACAUGACUGCAAUUCUGCAAAAGGGUUUGAGCGUUUUGUUAGAUGAGAACCGAGUGGCUGAGCUGGCACUCCUUUACCAACUGCUUAGUAAGGUGAAGGGAGGACUGCCCACGUUACUGCAGUUUUGGAGGGACUACAUCAAGACAUUUGGUGGAGAGAUUGUCUGCACGCCAGAGAAGGACAAGGACAUGGUACAGGAGCUGCUGGAUUUUAAGGACAAGAUGGACAAUGUGACACAGUGCUGCUUUACACGGAACGAGGGAUUCAUCAAUGCCAUGAAGGAGGCCUUUGAGACGUUCAUCAACAAAAGGCCCAACAAACCCGCAGAACUAAUUGCUAAAUAUGUGGAUUCUAAGUUAAGAGCUGGCAACAAGGAGGCUACAGAAGAGGAGCUGGAGAGAAUUCUUGACAAGAUAAUGAUAAUAUUCCGUUUCAUACAUGGAAAAGAUGUCUUUGAAGCUUUUUACAAGAAAGACUUGGCCAAGCGUCUGCUGGUGGGCAAGAGUGCUUCUGUCGAUGCUGAAAAGUCAAUGCUGUCCAAACUGAAACAUGAAUGUGGCGCAGCAUUUACCAGCAAGCUAGAAGGGAUGUUUAAGGACAUGGAACUCUCCAAAGACGUUAUGAUUCAGUUCAAACAGUACAUGCAGAACCAGAGUGAGCCAAGCAACAUAGAACUAACAGUCAACAUCCUCACCAUGGGUUACUGGCCUUCAUACUUGCCCAUGGAGGUCCACUUGCCCUCAGAGAUGGUGAAACUCCAGGAGGUGUUCAAGCUGUUCUACUUGGGGAAGCACAGUGGGAGGAAGCUGCAGUGGCAGCCCACACUUGGCCACUCUGUCCUAAAGGCCGAGUUUAAAGAAGGAAAAAAGGAGCUACAGGUGUCCCUGUUCCAGACAUUAGUGCUGUUGAUGUUCAAUGAGGGAGAGGACUUCAGCGUGGAAGACAUCGGCACCGCCACAGGAAUAGAGGAGGGCGAGCUAAAGCGUACGUUGCAGUCCCUGGCCUGUGGAAAAGCCCGCGUCCUCAACAAGAACCCACGAGGGAAGGACGUGGAGAAUGGCGACCAUUUUACUUUCAACCUUGAUUUCAAACACAAACUUUUCCGCAUCAAAAUCAACCAGAUCCAAAUGAAAGAAACCGUCGAGGAGCAAGUCAGCACGACGGAGCGCGUGUUUCAAGACCGGCAGUAUCAGAUUGACGCCGCUGUGGUGCGCAUCAUGAAGAUGAGGAAGACCCUCAGUCACAACCUACUAGUGUCGGAGCUCUACAACCAGCUGAAGUUCCCUGUCAAGCCUGGCGAUCUGAAGAAGCGGAUCGAGUCCCUCAUAGACAGAGACUAUAUGGAGCGGGACAAGGAGACCCCCAACCAGUACCACUACGUUGCCUGAGGAGGCACCACUGUCGAGCCACGCUGCCCUCAUGGCGAGCCAACAGCUGGUCCUGGAACGCAUCCUGGAUGUCACACACAGGAGACAUGUCUCUGACUGACCUGGGGUCUGUCAUGGCAGUGAAAGGACCCAGGUUCAAAAAUGACUCGCACUUUGCUUUGUUUUUUCCGCUCUGGCGUUUUUCUUUCGCUUUCGUUUUGGUGUUCCCUCGACGGCUUUGGCUCUGAAAUCAUUCAUUUUAUAGUUUGUCACAUUUUAAGUGUUUUCUUUUUGUCCAAGAACCUUUUCCUUAUAGGCACGCUUGUCGCAGACGUGACGAGACCGUUGAGAUUUACGAAUUGGAAAAGGAAGAGAACUAUUUUGGGGGGCGUCUUGCUUGUUAUUUGUUUAACCAAACUGCUCUAAUGACCUCUCAUGUCCUGAACAUUUUGUUUCCUAGAACAGAUUGUAUUUUAUGUAAGAAUGAGAAAAGCGAAUAAAUGGAUAUUUAAUUCUU